AAAUGGAUUGAUAAAGCUUAAUUAAAAAAAAAAUUUUAAAAAUAAUAAUAUUCAGUCGGUAGAAAAACGUGCGCAAUGGCUGGUGUUGGUUUAUCAUCAUUCUCAGUUGUAAGCUCAUUUCAGAGGCAACUUUUUAGGUGCGCCAUUGGCAUUGAUAGAAAGCUUAUCAAAAAGACGUUUAAUUCUACUCAAUUACGUCAAAUAUACAUAUCAUCAUUUUUGAAGAUUCCACAAGCUUCUUAUUAUCGAGGAUCAAGGAAUAAAUUAAAAACUACGACAAUGUCCAAAUUGGAAUAUCCCGUGACCCGUCGCGACGAAACUGUUGUUGAAAACUAUCACGGUAUUGAGAUAUCAGAUCCAUACAGAUGGUUGGAAGAUCCAAACUCAGAAGAAACAAAAGCAUUUAUCGAUUCUCAAAAUGCAUUGACCAAACCUUAUUUAGCUUCUUGCAAAUCACGUCAGGAUAUUCAUGAUAGACUUAAACAAUUAUGGGAUUUUCCUAAAUACAUGUGUCCUGCCAAACAUGGAAAUAAAUAUUAUUUUUACAAGAAUACUGGCUUGCAAAAUCAAAGCGUAUUAUAUGUGCAAGAUACUUUGGAUAGCGAGCCACGAGUAUUCCUUGAUCCAAAUACUCUUUCUGAGGAUGGUACAGUUGCAAUAUCAUUUAGCAGAUUUAGCGAAGAUGGUAGUAUUUUUGCAUACGGAUUGUCCAGUAGUGGCUCAGAUUGGAACACGAUACAUUUUAUCAAUGCGAAUACUGGUGAAAAAUAUCCUGAGGUAUUGGAAAGAGUUAAAUUUUCUCCAUUGACUUGGACUCAUGAUAACGUUGGCGUCUUUUAUGGACAUUAUCGCGAUCAAAAAGGAAAAGUUGAUGGUCUGGAAACUCAAGAUGAUCAGAAUCAGAAAUUGUGUUAUCAUCGUGUAGGAACACCACAGUCAGAAGAUGUGGUUGUUAUAGAAUUCCCUGAGGAACCUUUAUGGAGGAUAGGCGCACAAGUUUCUGAUUGUGGAAAGUGGUUAAUUGUUACACCUGUAAAAGAUUGUCGUGAUAAUCUAGUUUACUUCACUGAACUAAAAUCUGAUUCCAAAAUAGAUGGUUUAUUACCUUUAACACAAGUCGUUGAUAAACUUGAAGCUGAUUAUGAAUACGUAACAAAUGUUGGUACCAAAGCUAUAUUUCGUACAAACAAGAAUGCAUCAAACUUCAAAUUAAUAGCAAUAGAUUUGUUGGAUUACAAAGAAGAUAAAUGGACUGAACUAUUACCUGAACAUCCUGAUAAUGUUUUGGAUUGGGCUAGCGCAGUAGACGGUGAUAAAUUUGUUGCCUGUUACAUACAAGAUGUUAAAAAUAUUUUGCAAUUGCAUAGUUUAACAACUGGUAAACUUUUGAGAACGUUCCCACUAGACGUUGGUACGAUUAUUGGUUUCUCUGGUGAUAAAAAAUAUUCCGAAAUAUUUUAUCAAUUCACAUCCUUUUUAACACCUGGAAUCAUAUACACCGCUGAUCUCAAAAACGACGAUGAACCAAAAAUAUUUCGCGAGAUCAAAGUUAAGAAUUUUGAUCCAAGUUUGUAUAAAACGUUGCAAGUGUUUUAUACCAGUAAGGAUGGUACGCAAAUUCCUAUGUUCAUCGUUAUGAAAAGCGAUGCUGUAUUGGAUAAUUCUAUGCCAGCUUUAUUGAAUGGAUAUGGUGGUUUCAAUGUUAGUAUUCAACCUGUAUUUAGCGUAACAAGGCUUGUCUUCGUGCAACAUUUAAAUGGUGUGCUUGCUAUUCCAAAUAUUCGAGGUGGAGGAGAGUACGGAGAAAAAUGGCACAAUGGUGGUCGACUAUUUAAUAAGCAAAAUGUAUUUGAUGAUUUUCAAUGUGCAGCUGAAUAUCUUAUUGACAAUGGAUAUACUACACCUAGCAAAUUAACUAUACAAGGUGGUAGUAAUGGUGGAUUAUUGGUAGCUGCUUGUAUAAAUCAGCGACCAAGUUUAUUUGGUGCUGCUAUCGCACAAGUCGGUGUUAUGGAUAUGUUACGCUUUCAUAAGUUUACAAUUGGUUCCGCUUGGGUUUCCGAUUAUGGUAGUUCAGAAGAUCCGAAGCAUUUUGAAAAUCUAAUUAAAUAUUCACCAUUGCAUAAUGUUAAAAUACCAGAGGACGGUUCUCAGUAUCCAGCAACCUUGCUUUUAACAGCCGAUCACGAUGAUCGUGUUGUACCAUUGCAUAGUCUUAAACUCAUAGCAACUUUACAACAUGUACUUGGAAAUUUACCACAACAAACAAAUCCAUUACUCGCAAGAAUAGAGACGAAGGCUGGUCACGGUGGUGGUAAACCAACCACUAAAGUUAUUGAAGAGAACACAGAUAUUUUAUCGUUCAUCGUCCAAGCUUUGAAUUUAAAAUUCAAGCUAUAACAUAUGUAAAUGUGUUUAUAUAUUAACUGUUUGUACAUCUUUUAAAAUU